GAAUACUGUUUUUUUUCCUAAUUUUAUUAGAGUAGGUUACUUUCAUGCACGUAGGUUAGGGGACAAAAAGAAAACAUGCACGUAAAUAUGGAGCAAAGUCCGAGUUUUGGGGAUAGAGAUCCGGCAAGAUUCAGUGAGAAUCCCUCCAAUGUCGGCGAAGGAAUCUUGGACAAGGGGCUCUCAAAGAUGGGGCAAAAUAAGCUACUUUUUUGUGCUUCCAUUUCUAUCUCCGCUGAAGAGUUGCGGUGUCUUACUAUGGGGGAAGGAAAAAUAGAAAAGGAUUCAACUGAAGAAUUAUUUCUGGACAAAGUUCAAUCACGAGAUGACGUGUCUGAGGUGUCAACAAUCGAUGCUUCCGAAGAUGAUGCAGAGUCUACAACUUCCAAGUCCAGCAGCACUUCAGAUUCGGAUGGAAAAUUUGGAUCUCAGUGGAAAGGAUUCAUUAAAAGACUAAAGAUUGGGUCAGCCAUACAUUUACAUACUUUCCAUCCUAGCUUACCUUCGCUGCCUUCUAUUAAGAUGCUACCGAAAUGGAAAAGUAGGAGUACAGAACAGAGCGUGCCAAUGGUGCCUACUCCUAAUCUAGAUACUAAUGAUUUACGUCACUGCUUUCAAGCGCACUGGAAGAAUUUCUUCCUCUCUGAUCUUCAGAAAGCUACCGACAACUUUAGCCGUGAAAACUUAAUCGGUGAGGGAGGUUCAUCUGAAGUAUAUAAGGGACAUCUUGAAGAUGGACAACUAGUGGCAGUUAAAAGGCUGAUCAGGGGAACUCAAGAGGAGAUGACAGCCGACUACUUAUCUGAGCUCGGAAUUCUGGUACAUGUCAACCAUCCCAAUAUUGCUGGUGUUAUUGGAUAUGGAGUUGAAGGAGGGAUGCACCUUGUCCUUCCUCUGUCUCCACAUGGGAGCUUAGCGAAUCUUCUUAACGGUGAAAAGGGUAAAUUAGCUUGGUGCUAUAGGUAUAAUAUCGCUCUAGGCGCUGCUGCUGGCCUUGCGUAUCUCCAUGAGGGUUGUCGGAGGAGAAUCAUCCAUAGAGAUAUCAAGACAGCUAAUGUUUUGCUGACUGAAGAUUUUGAAGCUCAGAUAUCUGAUUUUGGACUUGCAAAAUGGCUUCCUGAUCAGUGGACACACCUCACCGUAUCUCAGUUUGAAGGCACAUUCGGAUACCUCCCUCCUGAGUUCUUCAUGCAUGGUGUUGUGGAUGAAAAAACAGACGUCUAUGCCUUUGGCGUUUUAUUGUUGGAGCUCAUUUCUGGACGUCCAGCUUUGGAUGAAUCUCGUAAUAGUGUUGUGAUGUGGGCCAAACCAAUGCUCCUUAGUAAGAAUCACAGUGGGUUAGUUGAUCCAUCACUUGGGGAUGCCCAUGACUCAGAACAGAUGAAUCGGAUGGUGAUGGUUGCCUCAUUAUGCAUACAGCAAGCUUCAACAGAUCGUCCUCAAAUGAGCCAGGUUCACGAGAUGUUAAAAGGUAGUGGAAGCAUUCUUGAGAGAAAGAAAACGUUCCAAAAUGCCAGUCGUCAAGAGGAUAUAUCCCAUAAAGUGAAUUUACUGCUUGACUUGCCCUCACCAAAGUGUAAAGAUGAUCCGAAUUACCAGCAGAAUCAGGCAGAGUUGGAGAAAUAUAAUAUUAAUCCCUUGUUACAAUGAAGAUCUCUCAUGUGAUCUGAACACUCUGGACAUACAUCUCACUGCCAUGGAGCUGUCGGAAUUCACAACACGCAUGUCGGGUUAUUAAUGUUUUAUUCUACCAUAACAGAUUGAAUCACCGCAUCCAGGUGAAAAUCUACUGAGAAAUCAAAAUGAGAAGUGCGACAAUCAGUGUUUCAAGUUUUGACAGGUUUAGCAGGUUUCUUAAUUUAGGGAUGUUGGGUGGAUGGCGUAUCACGUACGUGUUGGUCCCAACUAUAUAUUGAAUAAGAAAAGAGAUGCCAACAUAUUGUAGGGUGCAUAGCAGACCCUUGUUCUGUUUGAGUGUAUCCAGGAAUAGUAUCUUGCUGGAUAUUGAUCCUGUAAUGUAUUGUGCCGUGCGUACAACUAUGAUCUUUAGAAGGUGAAUGCAUAUUAGGUUGAACGUGUGCGUUUUGACAUGGCUACUAGCUUACACUACCUGUAUAGUACAUGGUUUAUAUCAGCAAGUGCAGAUAUUACUUUGUUAAUAGGAUUAACUCUGUGCUCUUUUAAAGAAUUG